AUGACUCGCAAGAAGAUCCUCCUCACCGGCGUCACAGGCUACAUCGGUGGUAGCGUACUCCAUCAAUUACUCCGCAGCAAACACCCAUCGAUCCAAGAGGCCGAGAUAGCGUGUCUGGUUCGUGGCCAGGACAGAGUUGCGCAGCUUCACAAUGCCUUUGGCUCCAGGCUCAAGGUUGUGCUCUUCGAGGGCCUGGAGGAUACGGCGCAUCUUGUCGAGAUAGCAAGUCAGUACGAUGUCGUCUUCAACAUGACGCUGGGCUAUCAUCUUGCCAGCGCUGUAGCCUUCGUUAAAGGCCUUUCCUUACGCCGAGUGCACACUGGCAGAGACGUAUGGCUGGUGCAUACUUCGGGCGUUUCGAAUCUCGCUGACCAACCACUUUCCGGGGAUCACAUUGAACCCAGCCCGGAUCGGGAAUUCAACGAUUCCGAGGACGACAUCUAUACCUAUGAGAAGAGGCGCAAUGCUAGGAAGAGAUACAUCCAGCGGACGACGGAGUUGGGCAUGAUAGACGCUGGUCUCGAGUCAGGCGUGAAGACAGUCGUCCUCAUGUCUCCAUUGAUCUACGGUGUGAGUGAUGCCUCCACGUCCCCGCAAUCUGCGGAACCCCAUGGCCAGGUUGGCACGGGAUUAUGGAACAAGCGUAGUCUGCAAGUGCCUCGGUUGGUCCGAGCGGCGAUAACGGAAGGCCAAGCCAUCGUUGUUGGUGAUGGCAAGGGUGUAUGGGAUAACGGUACUUCUUUCGCGGCAGUCCAUAUCGAGGACCUUGCAAGAUUAUACGAGCUGACGCUCAUCGACAUCUUGUCAAAGGAUGGCGCCUCCCUUCCAACGGGCAAGCAGGGCGCUAUUUUCAGCGCGCAUCGACGUCACACGUGGAUUGACGUGUCGCAGGCGGUCGCAGAUGCUGUAUGCAAAGCCGGCCUUGUUGACGGCAACAUCGUGAGGACUGUGAGUCUCGCGGAGGGAGCUAGAUUGCUCACUGGUGGCGUGGAGCAAGUUGCUGAGUUGGGUUUCGCAAGCACUUGCAAGACACGCGGUGAAGUUGCGAAGAGGUUGGACUGGCAUCCGAGCGCUGGAAUCGAGGCUUGGGAGCAAGGCUUCGUGGAAGAGGUCGAUGCGCUUAGAUCGAAAUUGUGA